UACACUCCUUUCGUUCAUUCAAGAAAAAGAAGAUUAUUUAUGAAUACCUUUCCAAUUGUGACGUGCAUUUUGGCCACAUGGGUUGUGGUGGCUGUAAACGCUGGCCAUGGCAGUGCACCACCAAUACAGUCGCCAAUUAAAGCUCCAUCUCCGUCGCCUUCUUCACCUUCUCCGGUACCAACGGCGGAUUGCUCAACCAUUGUGAUGGACAUGAUGCCUUGUUUGAAAUUUUUGGAGGCUGAUAGCAAUGGCACAAAGCCAGAUGAUUCUUGUUGUUCAGGGUUUAAACAGGUUUUAAAGACGAAUCCUGAUUGUAUUUGUGUUGCUUUGGCUACGAGUGCUAGUUUUGGUAUCACUGUUAACAUGACUCAAGCUGCCGUUUUGCCUUCUGACUGUGGCGUUUCCGCUCCUCCACUCACCAAUUGUAACAGUACCACCGCUCCUAGUGCUUCUCCUGUUAAUCCUUCAUCGCCAGUUAAUCCUCCAGCACCAAUUAAUCCUCCAUCACCACUCAUUAAUCCUCCAGCACCAGUCGUUAAUCCUCCGGCACCAGUUGUUAAUCCUCCAACUCCACAGCCAGCUGCAGCACCAACUUCAAAAUCGCCAGCUCCAGCACCAGCUGACGCAGAUCAAGCUCCAGUUCAAGCACCUAAUGCAGAGUCCAGUGGAUCCACCAUUAAUCUAACAUCAGCUUCAUUCUCAAUGCUUUUUGUUAUGGCAGCUUUCGCUUCACUAGCAUAAUUAUUAGAUUGUCAGAAUUAAGUCGUAGCUUCUAGUGUUUAUUCUUUUGUUUUAGUGGCUAGACAUUUUUAUCAAGCACUAGCCUUUUGGUUAAUUAGUACUUAGCUAGGUAGUUUCUUCAUUUAGAAUUAAUUAUAGAUGUUGCUUAUAUCACUAGUUUUAUUCUUUUUCUACAAAUAAAUGUCCCUAUUU